CCUACCUCCAACGUUCAUUCGUGCAUCCGAUCUGGCACGUUAACAGUCGGAGUAGUCUCACGCAUAUAUCAGUCAGCGCCACCGAAAAGACGAGUGCAGUUUACGAAACAGCUGUGUAAGUGUGUAGAUUGUGAUCAUUUUUCAUUCGCAUACUAGAGGGACAGAAACGAUUGGGGAAGAUGUGCGAGCUAAAUAAUUUUGACGAAUACUACAGAAUCGCUGAAGAAUUAGUCUUGUAUGCAGGAAAGAUAAUAGAAGAUGGAAUCAAUAGCAGAAAGAAUAUCAAAAGUAAGGGAAUUGACUGGGACCUUGUUACAGAAUAUGAUCGCAAAAUAGAGGAUAAAUUAAUAAAACAAUUGUCGAUACAAUUUCCAUCGCACAAGUUUAUUGGAGAAGAAACAGCAGCAAAGGAAGGCUGUCUACCUCAACUAACCAAUGACCCUACGUGGAUAAUAGACCCGAUAGACGGUACUACCAACUUUGUACACCGUUUCCCACAUACAUGCAUCUCCUUAGCGCUACUAGUAAACAAAAAGGUGGAAAUCGGGAUAAUAUACAAUCCUCUUAUGGGACAAUUCUUUUCGGCGAGGAGACAUUGCGGUGCCUUCCUUAAUGGGAAGCCCAUAAAAACUUCUGACAUGAGAGACAUAUCUCAAUCAUUAGUUGCUAUGGAGCCAUGGCUCGCAAAGGAUCCUCAGUAUUUAGCUAGUGUGUAUAGUAGAAUGCACGCUUUAGUACAAGGAACUCAUGGAAUAAGGUCAUUAGGUACAGCAGCACUCACGUUGUGCUACGUAGCAAUGGGAGCUGUCGAGGCAUAUCAUAUUGAAGGUAUCGAUGCUUGGGAUGUUGCAGCAGGAAAAUUAAUAAUCGAAGAAGCAGGUGGAGUUGUGAUAGAUACCGAUGGGGGAGAACUAGAUCUAAUGACUCCGAAGGUUAUAGCGGCAUGCAAUCAGCAAAUUGCACAGCAGCUUGUAGAUCUUAUUAAGAAAGCCGAUUGCGAGAUACUUAAUAAAAAUUUAAAUUAAUUAUGCUAAUAUUAUAUGCAGUGCUCAUUAAAUGUCAUAUUAUAUAACAACGCAUAUACAUGCAGACUUAAAAACACAGUAUUACUAAACGUGACUUAAGGCUGCUAAAUUAGAUUUACAAAAGAUUAUAUUUUUAGGACUGAUAUAGCUCAUACUUUUCUCUGCACUGAUAGUUACUAUAUAUUUCAGUAA